CACGACCGUCGCACCAAGCAACACGACCGUCGCACCAGGCAACACGACCGUCGCACCAAGCAACACGACCGUCGCACCAAGCAACACGACAGUCGCACCUGGCAACACGACCAUCGCACCAGGAAACACGACCGUCGCACCAAGCAACACGACAGUCGCACCAAGCAACACGACCGUCGCACCAGGCAACACGACAGUCGCACCAGCAAACACGACAGUCGCACCAGGCAACACGACCGUCGCACCAGGAAACACCACCGUCGCACCAGGCAACACGACCGUCGCACCAAGCAACACCACCGUCGCACCAAGCAACACCACCGUCGCACCAAUGAACACCACCGUCGCACCAGGCAACACGACCGUCGCACCAAGCAAUACGACAGUCGCACCAGGCAACACGACAGUCGCACCAAGCAACACGACAGUCGCACCAGGCAACACGACAGUCGCACCAAGCAACACGACAGGCGCACCAGGCAACACGACCGUCGCACCAAGCAACACGACCGUCGCACCAAGCAACACGACCGUCGCACCAAGCAACACGACCGUCGCACCAGGCAACACGACAGUCGCACCAGGAAACACGACAGGCGCACCAGGCAACACGACAGUCGCACCAGGAAACACGACAGUCGCACCAGGCAACACGACCGUCGCACCAGGAAACACGACAGUCGGACCAAGCAACACGACAGUCGCACAAAGCAACACAACCGUGGAACCUUCCGACGAAACAACAUAUGCCUGCAACUACGACACUGCCUCCCUCGAAGGCAGAAUAUCUCUGGCAACUGGUAUUGAUGGUUUCUACGCAAACAACGAAGAGUGCCGCAUCAAUCUAUAUUCACCUGCUCUUCCCCACGUGACCACGGUCAACUUCACACGCUUUGAUGUUGAAUAUAAUAGCAACUGUCGUUACGACAGCCUGUCAGUGAAGCUUGGAAACAACACCAUCGACACACUAUGUGGAAACAACAGAAGUCCCUUCGUGAAGCAAUACUCUAACGCAGAGCCACUCCUCGCCAUGACAUUCGUCAGUGAUUCGAGUGUUUCGGGUCUCGGUUUCGCCUUCGACUACCAGACUGAAGUAGAGUACUGUAAUGCUGUGAUCAAUGGUACAUCCGGGUCAUUCGCAACCCCCCCUGGUGGCUACAGUCCCAACAUGGCAUGCACAUACACCAUCAACACUCCCACGCCAGCUGAACUCCACUUCACCUUCGAGGAAUUUGACAUUGAGAGUGCAAGCAGAUGCAUGUACGACGCCGUCACCAUGGGCGAAGACAGACUGUGUGGAAGCAGCCCCGGCAGCAAGACAUACCAAUCUGAUGGAACCUUUGUGAUCACCUUCACAUCUGACGGCUCCGUGCAAAGGGAAGGUUUCUACAUGUCCUUCACAUCAUCGCCAGUGGCAUAAACAGACUGACCUACACAGCGAGAUCUAGUUGACAACAAUAUGAGUAAAUAAACUCCAUGUGCUCUA